UUUAAAGGUGCAUAUAAUAUGCUUGGCACUUUGAAGAAUUUCAAUUUGACACCAAACUCUAGCAUGUACAAUUCUAUAUUGGCAGGAUAUUUCCGGGAGAAAAAAGUGAACAGCGCCUUAAUGGUCCUCAAGGAAAUGAAAGAAGCUGACGUUAAACCGGAUUCCGUAACUUUUAGUUAUCUUAUAAACUAUUGUGACCAGGAGGAGACUAUUGCAGAGUAUUAUGAGGAGAUGAAGCAAGCAGGAGUUCAAGCUACUAAGCACGUUUACAUGUCCCUUAUAAAAGCAUAUGCAUCAUGCAGACAGUUUGAGAAGGCAAAUCAGGUGCUCAUGGACGUACCGGCUAAGGAUCGCAAUGAGCUGAGAAGUGUCCUUGUAUCUGCUCUGGCAUCAAAUGGAAAAAUAACAGAUGCCUUAAGUAUUUAUGAAGAUUUGAAGGAAGAUGGCUGUCUCGUAGAGCCAAAAACCAUUAUAUCUCUCAUUGAAAACUCGGAUUCAAACGAAGAGUUGUCAACUUUGGUUCAACUCGCUGAUGAGCUGCAUGAAUAUAAAUAUUGGAUAGAAGGUUUCUUCAAAAUUCUCGUGUUUGGUGUCCGCAACAAUAACUCAAGCUCUAUUCUUGAUUUGUUGAAGCAGACGAAAAACCACUUGUCGGAUGAUGACAUCGCUGUGGAAUAUUGGUUUGAAGAGGUGUUUAGGUCAAUAGCGGAAACAGAGCCUAGUGAUGUGAAGCUAGGCCUGGACUUGGUGAGCUUCAUGAAGGAAGAACUUGGGUUGUGUCCUUCAAGAAAAUGUCUAGAUUUUCUUCUACAUGCUUGUGUCAAUGCCAAGGAUAAGCAGAGCGCUUUAGCGGUAUGGAAAGAGUACCAGUUUGCAGAACUUCCUUACAAUGUCCUCACCUAUCUAAGGAUGUAUCAGGUUCUAUUAGCUGCAGGAGAUUCCAAAAGUGCAAAGGCAAUAGUAUCAGAGAUUCCUAUUGAUGAUAGAGAUGUUAAGUGUAUAAUUAAACAAAGCUAUGAAGUAUUGACUCCGAAACCGAAAAAGAAAAAGUCUAAAAAGAAACGAUUAUCUCCCCAAGCAAAGUAG